AUGUCCGGCACCAAAUUGGAGGACUCCCCGCCUCGUCGCAACUGGUCAUCUGCCUCGGAGCUGAACGAAACUCAAGAGCCGUUUUUAAACCCCACCGACUAUGACGAUGAGGAAUUCCUGCGGUACCUGUGGAGGGAAUACCUACACCCGAAAGAAUAUGAGUGGGUCCUGAUCGCCGGGUACAUCAUCGUAUUCGUUGUGGCUCUUAUUGGAAACGUCCUGGUUUGUGUGGCAGUGUGGAAGAACCACCACAUGAGGACAGUGACAAACUACUUCAUAGUCAACCUUUCUCUGGCUGAUGUUCUUGUGACCAUCACCUGCCUUCCAGCCACACUGGUCGUGGAUAUUACUGAGACGUGGUUCUUUGGACAGUCUCUCUGCAAAGUGAUUCCUUAUUUACAGACUGUGUCAGUAUCUGUGUCUGUUCUCACACUGAGCUGCAUCGCCUUAGAUCGAUGGUAUGCCAUCUGUCAUCCUUUGAUGUUUAAGAGCACAGCCAAACGGGCCCGGAACAGCAUUGUCAUCAUCUGGAUUGUCUCCUGCAUCAUAAUGAUUCCUCAGGCCAUCGUCAUGGAGUGCAGUACCAUGCUCCCUGGCUUAGCCAAUAAAACCACUCUCUUCACAGUAUGUGAUGAGCGCUGGGGAGGUGACAUUUACCCCAAGAUGUAUCACAUUUGUUUUUUUCUGGUGACAUACAUGGCACCACUGUGUCUUAUGGUGUUGGCUUAUCUACAAAUAUUUCGUAAACUCUGGUGCCGACAGAUCCCUGGAACAUCAUCUGUAGUUCAGAGAAAAUGGAAGCCCUUGCAGCCCGUUUCACAGUCUCGAGCGCCAGGACAGCAGACCAGGUCCCGGAUUAGCGCUGUGGCUGCUGAAAUAAAGCAGAUCCGAGCCAGAAGGAAAACAGCCCGGAUGUUAAUGGUCGUGCUUUUGGUGUUUGCAAUUUGCUAUCUACCAAUUAGCAUCCUAAAUGUGCUAAAAAGAGUAUUUGGGAUGUUUACCCACACAGAAGACAGAGAGACUGUUUAUGCCUGGUUUACAUUUUCGCAUUGGCUUGUCUAUGCCAACAGUGCUGCGAACCCAAUUAUUUAUAAUUUUCUUAGUGGAAAAUUUCGAGAGGAAUUUAAAGCUGCAUUUUCUUGCUGUUGCCUUGGAGUUCACCAUCGCCAAGAGGAUCGGCUCACCAGGGGCCGAACCAGCACAGAGAGCAGGAAGUCGCUGACCACGCAGAUCAGCAACUUGGAAAAUGUAUCAAAACUCUCAGAGCAAGUUGUGCUCACUAACAUAAGCACCCUUCCAGCAGCCAAUGGAGCAGGACCGCUUCAAAACUGGUAUCCACAACAGGGGCCGCCAUCCUCACUACUGUUAACCUGGUUGGAGGUCUGA